AUGAAAAGAGGUUCAACUUCAACUAAUCUACCGCGACCUCUAAAAAGAUAUAAAGCUGAACGAUGUAUAGUAUCAGACGCAGAAACAUCUACUGUUGAGGAUAGUCAUCCGAACGUAACAAAUCAAGAAGAGGGCCCUCACUCUUCCAGUACACCAAUUUAUCCGAAAAAAAUCAAAGCAGGUGAGCAUGGUCCUGAGGAGAGAGUUGAGCAAUUUACAAUCAAAACAUCUUUGCACAAUACAUACCGAAACAACACAAUGGCUCAAGAAUUUUUAAAAGCUGCCAAAUAUACCACCAAGGUUUUGUUUGUUGGCUCCAUGUUUGCAAACUUUGUCUUUAUCAAACUACUCAAUUCCAAUCAAGAAAUUCCGGCUAUUGGACAAAGCUUGUUUAUCAAUAUGUUUACUAUCAUAUCUGGAAAUGGCAAAAAUACUUCGCCGAGUUUUCAAAAGACCGUCCAGAUCGAUCCUCAAGCACCUUUUAGAGUAUUGAGCCAGUGCGAUAAACCCAAUUAUCGCAAGGGAUUGAAAACAGAAUCUGAUUUAAUUGACUUUUUUCAAAAAUUGUAUUCCGUACUCGAGAAAGUCUUACGAACGAAAAGAAAAAAUUCAAGCAAGUACAAAAUUAUUAUUAUGUUGCUUGGUAGAAAUGAGAUCCAUAUUAAGACUGAUGUUUUAAACGUUUAUCAAUACAAGUAA